ACACAAGAUGUUUAUCACAGAAUAUUCGUUUAUGGAUAAUAUAUUGUUAUCAUAUUAUAUACCUCAAGUUUUUGUUGUAACCCCACAUUCAAGUGGCUCAACGUUGUCAUUUAGCUAAAGUGGAAACUAAUCUGAUGGUUAUCAUCACAAACUGAGAAAUUGUGUUAUCAUCACAAACUGGAAACCCAUAUUUCCAGUGUCUGCUCUUAAAAUCAAUGGAGAAAAAGACAUAAAACAGCUUUCAUCAUUUUUUUUUGGCUUCGUCUCUUUUGAAGUUUUGAGGUGGUUGUGGAAGACGAAAGAGCUCAGAGAAGAUGUCAAAGGCAAGUGAUGGAAGCAGAGAAGUCAGGGAACCAUUGGUUCACAGGGAUAUGGCUGAAUCAAAACCGGAGCAGCCAUGGAUGGUUUAUCUUAGCACAUUUGUUGCAGUUUGUGGCUCUUUUGCGUUUGGUUCUUGUGCGGGAUACUCCUCGCCUACUCAGUCUGCAAUUAGGAAUGAUCUUUCUCUGACUAUAGCUGAGGGUGUAGUGCCUUUGGAUCUCGGAAGACUUGCAACUGGAUAUGGAAUGGGAGCAUUCUCCUAUGUGGUACCAAUCUUUAUAGCAGAAAUUGCACCAAAAACCUUCCGAGGGGCUCUAACAACACUAAACCAGAUUCUGAUCUGCACUGGAGUGUCGGUUUCCUUCAUUAUAGGCACAAUGGUUACAUGGAGGGUCUUAGCACUAAUAGGAAUCAUCCCAUGCGCUGUCUCCUUUCUUGGCCUAUUUUGUAUCCCUGAGUCUCCGAGAUGGCUGGCAAAGAUGGGGUGUGAUACAGAGUUUAAAGCUGCACUAAGAAAGCUCCGUGGGAAGAAGGCUGAUAUAUCACAGGAGGCAGCAGAGAUUCAGGAUUAUAUCGAAACUCUGGAGAGUCUUCCAAAAGCCAAGACGCUGGACUUGUUUCAGAGGAGAUACAUACGCUCUGUUUUUAUAGCAUUCGGUUUAAUGGUGUUUCAGCAGUUUGGAGGAAUCAACGGGAUCUGUUUCUACACAAGCUCUAUAUUCGAGCAAGCAGGUUUCCCCACAAGACUUGGGAUGAUAACAUAUGCUGUUCUUCAGGUGGUAAUCACUGCGCUUAACGCACCAAUAGUUGACAGAGCCGGAAGAAAGCCAUUGCUACUGGUUUCUGCAACAGGGUUAGUGAUAGGCUGUUUGAUAGCAGCGGUCUCGUUCUAUCUUAAGGCACACGACAUGGCACACAAAGCAGUCCCAGUCUUGGCUGUUGUUGGUAUAAUGGUGUACAUAGGAUCGUUUUCAGCAGGAAUGGGAGCAAUGCCUUGGGUUGUGAUGUCUGAGAUAUUUCCCAUAAACAUAAAAGGAGUAGCAGGAGGCAUGGCGACGCUUGUGAACUGGUUUGGAGCGUGGGCUGUUUCCUACACUUUCAACUUCCUCAUGUCUUGGAGCUCUUAUGGAACUUUCAUCAUUUACGCGGUGAUCAACGCUUUGGCCAUCGUCUUUGUCAUCGCCGUCGUGCCUGAAACCAAAGGGAAGACAUUGGAGCAGAUCCAAGUUUUGGUCAAUCCAUAGUUGAACUGAUGAUGAGAUAUUUAGUAGCAAUCAUUGAAUCUCUUUGCUUUUGAGAUUCUUUACUAAACUAUUUAUCAAAUCUCAAAAGCUUAUCCUUCUCAAUUCUCAAACUUACCAUCCAUUUAAGAUUCAUGAAUCUUGGUCUUACUCAAUGUAUAGAUUGUUUAUGAAGAGAUGCUUUAUAGUUGUCUCUUAUGUGAAUUUACAUGACUUCUUGUUCUUGAAUGAUCCAUGUUUUUAUAUUAACAGACAGCUUCAAUACUUGUUACCAAAAUAAAC